AUGGCGACCCUUCAAACCCUGCAAUGCCAUUUCACUUGGGGCAUUACAUUUGACACUCUUCUGGACCUGGACUUUUUCCUGAUAUAUUUGACUCAGAAAGCAAAAUACACAUCCUAUGGAAAUGGUAGCAUCUACCUUGCCAUGAAAGCUUUUCUAUACUCUGCGCAGAGGCGUUACGCUGAAGCUUUAAGCAGUCUGUUACAAGCAGAGUUAGUCCUGAAGGUGGACCAUCCGACUAACUUUGACCUCUACAGCCUGGUGACUUAUGGCAAUUAUGCUUGGAUUUAUUACUACUUAGCCAAUUUUCCCAAGGUGGAGUUUUACCUGGCGGAAAUCCGGAGAGUCUGCCAAUCCCUGAAGAGUCCUCUGCUAUACUCGGUCAUGACUCCUGAAAUUAUGGGCCAAAAAGGGUGGUCCCUCCUGAUCGGGGGCUCUCAGGCCAAAGUGGAUGCCAUGAGGUGCUUCCAAAUGGCUUUGAGGGAUGACCCAUCCAACAUAGAAUUCAAGGGCGGUCUAGCCAGUUGUCUGUAUACCUUACGGGAAUCCUUUCAAACCACUGACUAUCAGGAUCAGGCCAAAACCUUGCUGGAAGAGGUCCUCCUGACCCAACCUGAGAACUACGAGGCCAAAGUAUACCUGGCUAACCUGCUUCUGGAUCAAGACGAGGAGAAAGCCAACGGUCACCUGGGAGAUGUGGUCCAGAACUGCCUCUGCACCAUUGUUCUAAGAGAGGCUUCCUUGCUGUGCAUGCGCACAAAGCCGCAACGGGUAUCCCAAGCCAUUUCCAUUUUGCAGAAGGCCAUAAGCAUCGAGCCCGAUUUCCAUUUCUUGUAUUAUGAACUUGGCAUGUAUUAUAAGUAUAAUAUGCUGCCGGAAGCAUCACCUGAACAAAGGCCAGCAAUGCUGGAGGCUGCUAAAGAGAACUUCCAACAGGCUGCCCAAGCCAAUCUCCUCUUUGUGUUUCCCAUCUUGGAAUUAGCAAAAAUCUACGGAGAGACGGUUCCCGCAUAUGAGGAAGAGAUUUAUCUGCGCUUGAUGGACGAGCUCCCUACAAUCAGCAAACCAUUCCAGAUAGCCAUCUUUCUGUCCUGGGGAAACUUCCUUCUCUACAAGAAGGAACAGAAGUACAAAGCCAUGGAGAUGUUCAUAGCAGGUCUCAGUAUCCCAGGUGGCCGCUUGAAGGACAGGGACCAGUUGAAGAAGCAACUGGUGAGGCUGGCGAGGAUGUUCCAGGAAAACGCUGAAAUGGAUCGAGUUGACACUAUCCACAGGUUCCUUGGAAUGGUAGAAAGGCAGGAAGUUGAUGCUCUGAGCACAUCUGUCGUGGAACAGCUACAAGGUUUGGAGGUGAAGGAGACCCUCUCCCAUCCUUAG